GUUAGUUUGGAAGUGUUGUAGCGGCCUGUCAGAUAAUAGCUAUAGCAAAGCAUGGCGUCCAGUAGCAGUGUUGAACUUUCUGAGCUACAGCUGAAGUCAACUAGUGAAUUGUGUGAAUUUCUGCGAACACUUUCAAUUCCGGAGGACGUUGUUGACAAAUUUGAGAGUGAGGGAAUUUGUGGUGAAGUUCUACCACUAUCAUUGGCAGAAUUGAUGGAACUGGCACCUCGUAUCGGACCACGUCGAAUACUGCAGAAGCGAAUCCCUCAGCUCCUUGGAUACUUGAAUGCAGAAUUGGAUGACACGUCUGCUGUUUUUCAUGAGAAGAACAUCACCUCUUCUGAAGGUUCUACUUUGGCAGACCAGAGCACAUGCACAGCAAGUAGUCUGCAGAGCACAGCAAGUACAUGUAGUAAGGAGAGCACAUGUGGUAACUCCAGCAGUGCAGGAGUUGAUUCUGCUGGAAAAUCAUCAGAUGAUGCAAUCAUUCUGAUUGAAAGGGACAUCUCUGAUACAGUGAAGUUGUCCUAUCCCUGUGAACUGCCAAGGUUUUCCAAGGUUGUGCACAAGGCUCUGCAGACAGGAAGUGUCUACAAGGAAUGGGAUCAAUUCGUCAGAGAAUCAGCAAUUUUUUACUUGCCAGAUAUGCCAGCUUCUGAUGGAUUAGCUCGGAUUGCUUACCAUAGCAUCGGUAGAUCCAUGUUCGAUGCGUUUCCUUGUAUUGCCAGUGCUGGACAAAAUGCUUGGUCUCACUUCAACAGAUGCUUAAGCUCAAAGAUACGAUGGGAGAGACAGAAGCGACUCAAAGUGAUGAAACGCAAAGAAAGCCCAAAGGACCCUGAUGCAGCAAGUAAACGUCCUUGCACAAAUUCAUCUCCCCCACCACUAGCACUCCCUUCCAUUCAAGAGCCUUUGAUCAGCGAAACAGUGUAUGCUACACACAUCAAAGAAAUUCAAAAAGUGUUUACAGGCACUCGUAAGACAGACAUGACACCCACAGUGAUGGCCCACUUGGACAACCUAAUGCAGGAGACAUUCCCACGUAGAAGGAAGCUAAUACUGGCCCCAGACAACAUGGACACAUCAGAACUAGUAGAAAAGCUUUGGAAAGAUUUCCCAUGCCUUCAAAAUGACACAUGCCUAAUGCAGGAGAUCAGACGUUGUGACAUACACCUUGACACAUACUACAAUGACAACUACUUGGGUGUGCUGGAGAACCUUGGUAAACUGUAUGAUAUUCCACACGAUACCGACUUUGACCAUGUUCAAGUCCUUAAGGAGACGGAAGUGCGCCUGAAUAAACGCAUCAAAAAAACAGAGGUCAUCAAGGUCUUGAAGCUCAACUCGGACUCCAUGGACUCGAAAGUAAAUGGCCAGACAUCACCUAGCCUCGUCAUUACAACUGAUGAUAACCUUGUUACAUCUUCUCAUGUCGUGGGUUUUGGGCGGACCCUUGUUGAGAUGCAGGGGGAAGGUGCGUUGAAGAGGGGACUGCGGUCGCUUAUGGCAACCUACUACAUCCUUGAUUUCGAGUAUCCUCCAGGAUACUCGAUGAUGCUGAAAUUCAUACAGCACUACCUGAUGGGCAGGAUAGUGAAGGACAUCCCCAAGUCGAUCAAAACAUUGUGCUCCAAGGCUGGAGUGGCUAACAGUGUGGAUUAAGCGGUUGGAAUGCAUCUGAAAACCUGUCUGACACCAUCCAGUGAUAGCAUCUAAAGCGCAUGAUAUGGCAGUAGUUUUAAACUAUGCACUAAGGACACAUCACCUCAAGUAACUCACGCACCAAAUUUGUUCAUUCGUUCUCCUCCGAGAUGUGAAACUAGCACCUCAUGUGUUCAUGAUCCCAGGGCAAAGGUGUUGCUAUAUGUGCUAGUCAGCAGGUGCUAGUUCAAAAUUUUACCAUCACCUGAGGAGAGCCUAAACCGAUACCUGUAUUACAUGAGGCAAUAGGCGCACCUCAAGUGUUCAUGAUUCUGGGACAAAAGUGGUGCUAGUCAUUAUGUGCUAGUCAUUAUGUGCUAGUCAGCAGGUGCUAGUCCAAAAUUUCACUAUCACCUGAGGUGGGCCUAAAUCAUUACCUGUACCACAUGAGGCAAUAGGAGCACCUCAGGUGUUCAUGAUUUUUGGACAAAAGUGGUGCUAGUCAGCAGGUGCUAGUCAGCAGGUGCUAGUCAGCAGGUGCUAGUUCCAAAUUUUACUAUCACCUGAGGUGGGCCCAAAUCAAUACCUGUACCACAUGAGGCACAGAAGCACCUCAAGUGUUCAUGAUUCUGGGACAAAAGUGGUGCUAGUCAUUAUGUGCUAGUCAUUAUGUGCUAGUCAACACAACUGACACAUGAGGUGCAUGAAAUAAGUGCCUCAAGUGUUCAUGAUUUUGGGACAAA